AUGUGUCCUGCGGCAAAAACGGAUUGGUCUUGCGGCCCCUCUGGGGUGUCUCCUCAGGUGGUGUGUGUCCUAGGAACUCAGUGGGGAGAUGAAGGCAAGGGCAAGUUGGUGGAUUUCUUGUGCAGAGGAGCAGAUCACUGCUGCCGUUUUAAUGGCGGAGACAAUGCGGGGCACCAACUAGUGGUAGACGGACAGAAAAGAAGCUUCCACGUUCUCCCGUGCGGCAUAUUGCAUCCGCAUGCGACGGCUAUCCUCGGUAAUGGAGUUGUCCUUCAUUUGAAGCAACUCAUCAAGGAGAUCCGCGGGCUGGCAGAUAGCGUGGUCUCUCGAGUUUACAUCUCUUCCCGAGCGCAUCUGCUCUUUGACUUGCACAGGGCUAUUGAUGGCAUAGAGGAGCGGCGGAAAGCAGCGGGGGGAGGGGGCGCUCUCGGUACCACACUUAGGGGAAUAGGCCCGUGCUAUAGUACUAAAGUAUCUAGGAGUGGCAUUAGGGCUGGUGAUCUGCUGGAUUGGAAAACUUUUGAAUCUAGUUACAGGCGGCUAGCUUCAGAACUAGAAAGGCAGUUCGGAGACCUCGGGGUCGAUACGGAAGACGAGCUUAGACGGCACAGAGUGUACGCCCAGCUCUUGUCUAGGAGUAUCACAGACACGUGCUCCUUGUUGCAUAUUGCCUUAGGGAGAGGCGAGCGGCUGUUACUUGAAGGAGCGAAUGCUGCCCUUUUAGAUAUUGACAUGGGGACGUAUCCGUUCGUGACUUCUUCCAAUACGACCGCAGCCAACGCAUGUUUGGGUUCAGGGCUUCCACCACGGCAGUUAGACAUGGUUGUGGGGGUCGUAAAGGCGUAUUGCACGCGAGUGGGGGGGGGACCAAUGAUUACAGAACUGACUGAUGCCAUAGGGGAUCGCCUUCGCUCUCAGGGCGGAGAAUACGGCGUUACAACGGGACGCCCCCGCCGUUGCGGAUGGCUAGAUAUACCCAUGCUCCUGCAUGCACACCGCAUUAAUGGCUUUCAUGGCUUGUGCUUAACAAAGGUCGACGUCCUGACGGGAAUAGACACCCUAAAACUUUGUGUUGCCUACAAGAAUAAAGAGACGGGUAAGCAGUACGACGCCUUUUUUUAUCCUCUCACACAGGCGGAAUUUCGGAAUGUUGUCCCCGUAUAUGAGGAGUUCAACGGAUGGACCGAAGACCUCUCUGCCUGCAAGCAGUUCGACCAACUGCCACCCAACGCAAGAGGCUACAUCCAGCGUAUCCAAGAACUCCUUGGGGUACCUUUCUGGUGGAUCGGAGUCGGAGCUGACCGAGACGCCAUGAUCCUAAACUACUAA